UAGUCAACGUGGAGCAUUACAGGUCUGCUUUACCAAAAGAAACUUCAUUGUAAAAUUUCGAGGGAUUUUACCAGCUCAUGUGAAAUGUUUCCUUGGGAUUUUAAAAUCGUAUGAGGAAAACAAACAGUGGUUACGCGUACUUUUACAGGGUAAAUGUUCGUUUUUGCAACUGAUCAUUCCACAGUUCAUUGGAAGUUGUAGCCAGAGCCAGCAGAAUGAAUUCUGUGUAUUUCUGUGGACCAAGAAACGGCCAGGGGCCUUUUCCAUUGCAACGCGUCAACUCGUUAUUCCACGAGGCUCACCAGCAGAUGGCGCCGCCGCUUCAGCUUCAUUCAGCGGCCAGCCCGGCGUCCAUGCAGACUUUCACGGUGGCCGAGCGCCUGGCUGAACUCAUUCUUGAGGCGCGCUACGGGAACCAGCAAAAGCAGCGUCGCAGUCGCACGGCCUUCAAUGUGUCCCAGUUACAAGCACUCGAAAAGGCCUUUCAGCAAACCCAAUAUCCAGAUGUGGGCAUGAGAGAGAGACUAGCAGUCUGCAUCAACCUCCCAGAGGCCCGUAUUCAGGUGUGGUUCAAAAACAGACGUGCCAAAUUUAGAAAAGGUCAACGCUUCACACCCCUUCCCAAAGAAGAAAGCAGAGGUGCUACUAAACAACGUAAAGAAGGGGCGAAGGACCAAGAGAAAGGCUUUAAUUCAAAAUCUCAACCCUCAAUUAGGGAAAACAAGACCAUUUCUUCCUCACCGGACUCUAUUCACCUUCAUUCCCACCCAAGACUACACUCCUCUGCUGUUCUUCCAUUCAUUACUGGAGAACACUACCAACAACCAAUGCCUCAUGCACUUGGGCUGCUGUCUGCAGGUCUGCCUUUCUCUCCUACAUAUUUACCGAUAAUGCAACAGCAGCACGGCACGGCCAUCAAUCUUGUGCCAUUGGGGAAAUGCAGCAAUCUCAUGCUUCAGUCUGCCUGUCAAUCUAAAUCUGUGGUCCACCACCACCUGGACAUGUAGCCGUAUCAUCAACCAAUAAGCCACAGUCACCGUGAAGAGGGAACAGGUGUUCCUGUGUCACCACAACAUUGUAACUUUUACUCUGAGAAUAAUGGAAAGGUUUGGAUGUGGUUCUUUUCAUUGGUUUUGAUUGUAUUUGUACAAACUGGCUUAUUUUGCCAACUUUCAUGCUCCGUUUUGCAUUCCUUAGAGCAUUAAGAAAACGAUUGUGUUGCACACACACAUUUGAGCACUUUGUAGAUUUUUAUAAACUUUUGAUAAUUUUUAAUACAAAUAAACAUAAAAAACACUCGAAUCAGUAAUAGUCUGCUGUGUAGUUUCUGGGAUUGCACACUUGGUUGUCAUAACUUUUGUCCAUGCAAUAAAUGAUUUUGCCAAAUGUGGAUCAUUCUGAGCAUUAACAAUGAAAAGGUUACAUUUACUUUUUUUUUCUCCAUGUUGUAAAUAUAUAACCAUGAUUAAUCCUUUUUUAAUGAAUGAAAGCCACAGUUACCAA